CAAUCGUUAGUCCGGCCUCCGGAGAACAGACCCAACUGUUUACCUGUACACACAACCGACCGUUUCUUUUCACGUCAGUUUUUCGUCAACGUCGGCGAAAUGAAUUUUGUAACGUUUGUUGUUGUUGUUGUUUUAAUGGUGGCCGUCGCUAGGGUUUCUUCCACGGAGGUGGAAAGUUGCAAAAAAGGCAGAAAACUUAGCGAUUUGAACGAUCGAGUCAAAAUCGGCAACUGCAAGAAACCACCCUGCCGGCUCAGGAAGAACACCUCCAUCCAAUUCUCCCUCCGGUUCAACACGGAAGGACCUGUGGAGUCGUUGCAGAAUUCGGUGAAGGCCAGAAUCGCAGGUCUUGACCUUCCGUUCGUCGGCGUGGACGGUGUGGACGCGUGCAACAACAUUUAUGAACAAGACGGCACCACCAAAGCCAAAUGUCCUUUGGCUGCUGGAAAAGAAUACAUUUACAAGAACACCAUCGACGUCCUGCAAAUCUAUCCUUCUGUGAAAACGACGGUGCAUUGGGGUUUGGAGUCUCCGUCCGGUGACGUUAUCUGUUUCGAAGUGCCUGCCAGAAUCACCAACUAAUUUAUUUAUUAUUACCAUUGUCAUUAUUAUAAAUUAUAUAGUUCUAGGAAUAAACUGGUUUAUUUUUUAAAAAAA